UACCUGACCGGGAAAGAACAGUACUUCAACAGCACCGACAACAACUCGGCAUCAAAUCACGCGCAGCAGAACAGUUUCAGCCCGCUGUUGUCCGACACUGGCCUCUCAUCAAUAAUCAGCGUAAUUCCAUCGGCCCCUUUCCCGUUCGUUGCUUGGGACGCAUCACCUAACACGGUUCCAGCCACCUGCAAGAUCUGAUGCUUUGACUAUGUCCGGCACAUCCCAACCGCCCAAGCUCGGGCUCGAUGCUCGCGCCGCUGAACUUAAGGAGAAGCUUCUCAAGCGCCGCAGUCAAAGCCAGACCCAGGCCCGUGCAGCUCCCUCUCGGCCGCCUGCCGACGCACCCUCCAAGCCGGCCGAGACCUCUUCCAACUCGAUGGCUUCGCUUCCGGCAGAUGCCAAUGAUAUUGCAGCCCUAAUUUCAUCCAUCUCAUCAGCGACUGAGUUUUCUGACUCAGGCGAUAACAUUGCUUGGAGCGAUGAUAAGCUACAACUGUUGUCCAGUGGACAGGCCAUGCCUACCUCAGAACAAAUCCCGCCACCGCCAUCAUCGAAGAUAUCCGUCCCAACAACAGGGGCUGCGGCGCCGCAGGACAAAACCACGAACACGGAGCUUAAACAGGCGGUUACUGCGCCCAUUGGAGCAACGCUGGACCGAAGAAGCCCGGCGAACGGGUCUGUCGAAGAAGGCGAGAAGACAAAGGCUAUGACAAAGAAGGACAAAUCAACGGAACCUACAGCCUUUACUGUGGGAACCGAAUUGAGCGCAGAAAAUUACCAGGACCGCAAGAGUUUUGUGGCGAGGAACGUGUCCGACACCAGCGUCAAGUCCGUCAAGGUCUAUGAUACCACAAGCCGUCAAGAAUUGGGUAGCGAAAAGCCAAGCCAGACACCCAACAAACCGUCUCUGCACGGCUCGUCUCGUGACAGCGAAGUAAAGUCAAGUACAGCCGUCCCUAAACUUGUACCAUCGGCCGAACUGCCGAGAUCGGUUAGCAACAGUACGGCAACGAGCCAGGCUGCCACUGGCAAAGACACCAGCCAUUUCGAACAGUUUUCAUCCGACGACGCUUUCACUCGCCUACUCAGCCAGGUACCUGAUCUGAAAGACUUCCUCGAAAUGACUGACUACUACAACCUGGAAGCUCGUACCAGAAAGCUCGACCGAUUUAGGAGGGCCAAGGCCCUUGCUGCCGAGCGAGCAAGGAUCGAGGAAGAAGAACGCAAACUCAUGGAAGAAGAAGAGCUCGAGAUGGGCUUGCAGCGAUCCACCGUCGCGCGGCUUACCAGCGCCGUACCUAACACACCUGCAGGCCCGGGAUCAAACAGCCUGCCGACCCCUAUCACACCGAUGGCCCCCAGUAUGGGCGAGAAUAAAUCCAUGGCUGACGUCAAGCCUGCCAAGAGAGCGCAUGACGAAGAGGCUAUUGAAACUCGCCAGGAGAAGGUGCCGCGGCUCGAGGCACCACGUCGUCCAAAGGAUGAAAAGGAAUACGACCAACGCGACGUUCGCGAUUCCCGCCGUGGCUCAUCGCCGCAUCGGCGACCGUCUUCACCCCAUCACACCUUCCGCCGCAGUCCGCCGCCCCGGCCACGGGUGCAAGCCGAUCACGACGACCGCGAAAACCGCUCUUUUCGCAAGUACGACAGCUACAAAGGACAUGACGAUUACCAUGCUUCUUCAGAGCGUCGUGUAUCAUACCCAGUCCACAUUGAUCUGGGCCGCAAAGGCGACACACGCUAUUUCAUCUUGAAGUCCUUCAACGAGGAAAACGUGCGGAGAUGCAUGGAAGACUGCCUCUGGACAACGCAGGUUCAAAACGGGGAGGUUCUCACCGAAGCCUUCACAAAAUGCAAAAACGUCAUCCUCUUCUUCUCCAUCAACAAGAGCAGGGCAUUUCAGGGAUACGCACGCAUGGCGACGGCACCCUCCCCGGACAUCCCGCGCCCUACCUUCGUCAAGGGCAUCCACUGGGACACGAGCGACCCGUUCCGGGUGCAGUGGCUCAGCAAGACGGCCGUCGACUUCUGGCGGAUAGGACACCUCAAGAAUGCGUUGAAUGAACAUCAGCCCGUCUUGGUGGGCAAGGACGGGCAAGAAAUUGAAGAGGAGUGCGGGGCCGAGCUGAUGAGGCUGAUGGGGGACUUCGCGGCGGAGGUCGAUGGACCUCGCCCCACGGGGUACGGUGGCAAACCGGAGGGUGGUUACCGUGGCCGUAGGGGAGGCGACAGGAGCCGUGGCUACCAUGGGUAUCGAGACAGGGUUUUUUUCAAGCGGGAAUCGUCGGCUGAGAGGAGAUAGUGAGGGGCUGG